UGUAUGGUAGGGACCUACAAAAUAGAGAAGCUUUGUGUCAUCUCUCUUUUUUUCCGCUAUUUUUGUUCCUUUUCAUUAAUACUAUCUCUUGAUUACUUACCCUAUCUCGCUAUCCGAAAGAAGAAAAAUGAUUACUGACAUCCAUGGUCAUCCUGUCGAAGAAACCCUAAAGACCGAAGGUUAUGUUAUUAUUGAUGGGUUGAUUCCGUUAGACUUGUUUGACAAGUUGAAGGAAGCUUGUGAUCGCGUGGUAGAGAAAGCCAGACAAGGAGAAUGGAAAUACCGCCGAUUAGUGGGUACACAAUUUCCACCUUGGACUGAAGGCACAGACGUUUGGGGUGUACAGCAUUUGAUGCACCCUGAAUUGAAUGAACCUGUUUUCGCCGACUGGUAUGGCUCAGCUAAAUUACAAGAAACCGUAUGCCAAUUAUUGGGCACUAAACCUGAAGAAUUACAAUUAGAACUUUUCAAUCUGCUGAUCAAUCCGCAAGAAACAGAUUUUGAUCUUACAUGGCAUAGAGACUCUGUCCCUGCUGAAACACCGGAGGAGAAAGAAGAAGAGUACUUGGAAAUACCCCAUUAUGGUACACAAUGGAAUACAGCUUUGUAUGAAGACGGCUGUUUGUACGUUGUUCCUCGCUCUCAUCGUCGUGUCCGUACGGCCGAGGAACGGCACAUUACGAUCCACGAUGCCAAAAGCCACGCUAUGCCCAAUAUGAUGAAGGUCGUCUUAAAACCAGGCCAAACCGUCUUUUACGAUAACAACAUCCUCCAUCGUGCUGCCUAUGAAUGCAAAUCUAAAAGAGCUACUUUGCAUGGAUCUAUGGGCACUAUCGAAGGCGGUCAUCAUCGUGCUGCUACUAUCUUCCAACACGGAUUGGACUGGAUGAGUUCGGAACAAUUUCAGAGUAGUUUGCCAUAUUCUUUGGAAAAGCCUUAUGCUAAUCUGUUAGCCAUGUCUAAAAGGGCAGGAUUAACAAAGUUAGAAGCAGCACCUAUUCAUUAAAAUAGGCAAAUAUACUUUUUUCUUUUUCUGUUAUAACUCUACAAAAUUUUGGAACAUGGACGUUGUGAGUAAAAAGAAGAUGCAUUUUUUCGUUUUGUACUUUA